CUCCCCUCAUCCAUCUCUUACCGACUCUCUCUCAUUCUCAUAACCUCUCCAUCUAUCUUUCAACUAAAUUAAAAUCUAAUAAGCAACAAACGGCUUGAGCAGAUGAUAUUUUAUUGAUACAUGCGAGUGAUUUGUAUCAGAUGAGAAAUGAUGAAAACUUUGAGCGCUCAAGCCGUUGAUACAAAUUUAUACAACUUAAUAUAAUUAAAUUCGUCGAUACAAAUUAAUUAUAUUAAUGAUACAAUCAAAUACAAUAUAUAUUCAUCGCCUCUUUCAACUCUUUUUCUAUUUCGAUCGCCUCUCUCUUAAUAACAUAUAAUUAUAAAUCGCAAUUUUUUUAAAAAUAUCUUUAUUAACUCACUUAUAUUAACUGGCUAAGUGGUUUAACUACUCAUUUCACACUCUUAAAAUAACCACCCUAUAUAAACUAUAUAUAAUAAAAUAUGAAUAAACAUCCAAAAACCAUUGAGAAGAAGUCUUUGAGAAAAGGGUCAAAGUAAACUUCAUCUUUCUAUGUGCUUCUUCUUGUUAAGGACUAUUCUUGAUUUUUUCUUACAGGUAAUUUUCUCACAAUGGAUUUCUUGUAUUUUCAGAUUUGACAUGAUUUGAGCUUUUGUUUGAAGUUUUUUGGAGUAAAAUUGAUUGUUUUUUAGCGAAUUUGAGGAAAGUUCGGAAAUUUCUGAGUUUUAGAGGGUGAAACGGCUAUCUUUUGAAUUCAAGCUAGCAUUUGUUUGAGCACUUGUGGGAACUCAUGAUGGGCCGCAAUCUCUUUUAACAAUUCUUUAGCAAAUUUGUGUGUUUUGAAAGCUAUCCAGAGCUGGGACUUGAAUGGAAAUGUGUAUUUGCUAAGAAUUUGUAUGAUCAGGUGGGAGCUGCUUCAAUUGAAUUUAUCGAAGGAAAUCAAGGUGAUAACACUUUUGGUUGGUUGUAUCUGUAUGUUGGGAAUCUGAUAAGUUGAUCUUCCCUGUCAGUAAGGAUUUGUCACUUGUAGUUGAGCUUCGCCUUGUGAGUUUCAUUUCAAGGGGUUGUGAUUUGGAUUUGAAUUUACCAUGGAUGAAGCUCCUUGCAGCGUCAAUGCACUGCCUCCGUUUAUUGCAAAGAUAUAUGAAAUGGUGGAUGAUCCCUCCACUGAUCCAAUAGUCUCAUGGAGUUUAAACAAUAAAAGUUUUAUUGUUCGUAAUCCUCCUGAUUUUGCAAGAGAUUUGUUGCCCAGAUACUUUAAGCACAAUAAUUUUUCCAGCUUUAUCCGACAGCUGAAUACUUACGGAUUCAAGAAAAUAGAUCCCGAACAAUGGGAAUUCGCAAAUGAGGAUUUUCUUAGAGGUCAGCCACACCUUUUGAAGAAUAUCUAUAGACGGAAACCUGUUCACAGUCAUUCUGUACAGAAUAUUCAUAGCCUCUCAUCAUCUGCAUUGACCGAAUCGGAAAGACAAGGGUAUAAGGAAGAUAUUGAAAAGUUGAAGCAUGAGAACGAAUCACUUCAUUUAGUUCUACACAGGCAUAAACAGGAUCAUCAAGGACUUGAAAUGCAAAUGCAGGUCCUUAACCAACGUGUCCAACAAGUGAAAGACCGGCAAAAGAACGUGCUGUCUACUUUAGCUCGAACCAUAAAUAAACCAGGAUUAGCUUUGAGUCUCAUGCCACAACUGGAAAUGAAUGAAAGGAAGAGAAGGUUGCCAGGAAACAGUUUUCUUUACAAUGAAAUAGGCCUGGAAGAUAAUCAAGCGAGUUCUUCUGAAAAUACGACUAGGGAAAAUAUGGACCAUACUUCUCUUUCGACUCUCAACAAGGAAGUGCUAGAUCAGUUGGAAUCUUCUUUGACCUUUUGGGAGUAUACACUGCGUGACAUUGAUCAAACUAGAAUGAGACGGAGCUCUUCAAUAGACUUGGAUGAAUCUAUCAGUUGUGCCGAUAGCCCUGCUAUAUCUUACCCACAACUAACUGUUGAUGUUGGAUCUAAGGUUUCUGAUAUUGACAUGAACUCUGAGCCUAAUGGAAACACUACUCCUGAUGUUACUCCGCCAGAAAACCGAGUAGAGACUGCUAGUCACAAUGUGCCAACAGGAGUAAAUGAUGUAUUCUGGGAACAAUUCCUUACUGAGAACCCUGGUUCUACUGAUGUAAAGCCGGAGAGAGAAGAUAUGGAGAGCAAAAUAAGUGAAUCCAAAACAGUUGAGGAUGGGAAAUUUUGGUGGAACAGGAAGACUGUAAUUAGCCUUACAGAACAGUUGGGACAUCUUACUCCAGCAGAGUGAAUGUAAUGUGGCAGGGUAUGUACUAUUUUUGAUAGUAAAUGUUUAUUUGCCUGUUUCUUGUUGUAAAUUUAGAGAAAGUGAUUUGUCUGAGUACAUAGAAUUUUGGUAUAUUAACCUUCUUUUUUUUUGUUUUUGCAUGACAUGAUGUAGUGAAUGAUAGAGUCGAUCAGUCUUAAUGCUAGUCUGGCACAAUUUCAUGUAUUAUGUAGUUAUAUUCUUUCCAGCCUUGCCUGUCCAUGUUGCCGAUUUGUGUUACAUAAGAUGAGAGUAAUUUUUCUAGCACUA